AUGAAAUUUUGUGGAAUAUCUAUGAACAUGAAUAUUUACAAAAUUAUAACGCUUACUUCCAUUCUUAUUGGAAUAACAAGUGCCAGUAUUUAUGGCAGUGAAAAUGCUAUCAAUGGCAUAAACAAAGUGCCUAAAGUAGAGGGACAAGACAUCAUUACUUGGUGUACCACAUCACUACUGGAGAACCAGAAAUGUGAGAAAUUGGCACAGUCAGUUUUACAGGACAAGGGACUCUUUGGAAAGGAUUUUAUUGAGCUGAAGUGUAGACGAGCUUUUGAUACAGAGGAGUGCAUGACAUGGGUGGACCGAGGUGAAGCCUCCUUGCUUGGUUUAGAUGCUGGAGAAGUAUAUGUUGCUGGCCGCUACCACUCUCUAGUGCCCAUACUACAAGAGCUAUAUGGUGCGGGCAAGCCUUACCAAUAUUCGAUAGCAGUGGUUCGCAAGGGUGCUUUACCAUCAAUACAACCUGGCUAUGGACUGUCAGGACUUCGAGGGGCCAAGGCCUGUUUCCCUGGUGUCGGAGCUCUUGCCGGCUGGGUCAUGCCCAUACAUGUUUUAAUGCAAGAAGGAGGUUUAAAAAUAACAGACUGCAACAAUCAUGUGAAAUCAGCUAUAGAGUUCUUUGGUGACUCCUGCGCACCUAACUCCUUGAAAGAUAUGUACAAUCCCAUUGGAGAUAACUCUGACAAAUUAUGCAAGCUGUGUUCGGGCGGGGCUGGGAUACGAUGUACGUUGGCAGAUCCUUACGCUGGUUACGAAGGCGCACUGCGUUGUCUCAUUGCCAAUAACUCGGGAGAUAUCGCCUUCGUUCGCGACACUACUGUACAACAUGCUUUGCUGUCCCACCAAAUACUUGGUGGUGUAACAGAAGAUCAAUUCGAGAUAAUCUGUCGAGAUGGAUCACGACGUCCUGUGACGGAUUCGGAGAACUGCAACUGGGGUCGAGUCCCGGCUGAUGCCAUCGUCACCAGCAGUGCUGUGUCUAUGGAACAGAGGAAAAAAUACCAAGACUUUUUACAAGUGAUAUACCAACUAUAUGGAGAACCGAACCCUCUUAAUAAGAACUACAAUAAUGUAACGAAUGGUUACCAAAAUGGUGGUUAUAACCCCUACUCGUCUACUGAGCCUUCGCGGUUUCCAUUCGACAGUUUCAACAGAGAUAAUAGAUUAAACAGUAACUUCAAUAACAGACAGAAUGAAUUUGAAGAGGAUAUGAAUAAUAAAGCAAGCACUAUGCCGCCUUUCAAGAACCGAGUGGACUCGUCAGGACAACCUAUCGAAUCAAUAUUUCAGCUUUUCAGAUCCAACGAAACUACGGAUUUGUUGCUACAGGACGCAACAAUAAAUUUCCGAGUACUAAAAGAAGAGGAACAGGCGGCUAAACAUAUACUAAACAAUAAGUUCGUAGGCGGGCAAGCAGAGAACGCAGUGCUAGCCAUCCGAGACUGUCCUAUAAAGCGAGCCACGCUGUGUGUCACUAGCGACCAGGAGAUGGACAAGUGUCUUAAAAUGAGAGUGGCCCUGAAGGCAGCGUUCCUGUCGCCCACGCUGGUGUGUUGGCGCGGGCACAGUACGCGCCACUGCGAGCGCGCCAUCGCGGAGGGCGCGGCCGACUUCGCGCUCUUCGACGCCGCUGACAUGUUGCACGCCGCCAACAUGCAUCGACUGGUGCCUUUUAUGCAGGAGAUCUACUCAAGCGGUGACAACUGGUACUAUGCAGUGGCUGUGGCCAAAGAACAAGAUCCCGAUACAGACCUAACGUACUUGCGCGGGAAAAAUGCUUGCCACACUGGACUGGGGAUGGCCGCUGGAUGGGUGUUCCCGCUUGCUUACCUCAUAUCUAAUGGAUGGAUCAGGUCAUACGGUUGCGACGGAGCGCACGCGGCGGCGGAGUACUUCACCAAGUCGUGCGCGCCCGGCGCACUCAGUGCCGAGUACGUGGACUCCGGCACCGUGCCGCACGAUAACCUAUGUCAUCUCUGUCAUGGCGCGUCCUUCAGGCGCUGCCGUCGCGACGCUAGUGAAGACUACUUCGGCCAUGUAGGCGCGGUGCGUUGUAUGGUAGAGGGAGGUGGGGACGUGGCCUUUGUCCGUCACUCGGCUCCAGCUGAAGUGUCUGCUGGAAGACGUCGGGAGUGGUGGGCCAGAGAUCUCUUACCCGACGACCUGCAGCUAUUAUGUCCUGAUGGUACUCGCGCAAAAAUGCAUGAAUACAAGCACUGUAACUUAGGCAAGGUGCCUGGAUCGGUUCUAAUGGGCAGACCUAACCAUACAGAGUUGGAUACAUACUCAAACUUGAUGGUGUAUGCUCAGCAAUUCUAUGGAGCUGUUACUACUGAUGAAUUCAGUUUCAGCAUGUUCUAUUCUCAACCGCCUUACUCCGAUCUUAUAUUCAGCGACGUGGCUGUACGCCUGAAACCUUUGGCUCACAGCAAACGAUCAGCUGAAAUUGUAGCUGGCCCAGCAUUAAUAAGAGCAGCUCGAAUUGUCUCCUGUGAUGCUCCACAAGCUUCAUAUUACGUAGCGUCCGAUCCUGACUUCUUGUCCCAUGCAUACAGCAACGGUGUAAUGGGACAUCUAUUAGGAAUUUCCCUAUUUUUCUUAGCUUUAUUAAGAUAG